CCAUAAGUUGCUGAGUGCACGAUUAGAUUGUCAGUCAGUGACUGAAAUAUCUACUAAUCAGUUAUCAUCAUUUACAUACAUCUCUCCAGUUCCAUUCGACUGAUUAUAAACGCACAAGAAAAUCAUUGUUACCAAUUUAUACCAGAAAAAUCCGUUAUUAAUAAAACACGUUCGUAAUGGCGAACGAAAAGAUCCAAGACUUUACAAAGAAAAUGUUAAGAGAGAAAGUUUUUUCAUGUGGCGUCUGUAAAAAUUUGUUGGUGGCUCCAGUGAUGACGGUUGAAAAUAUUGGUGACGUUUGUCACGAUUGUUUCCAAACCAAGAACGAAGAAAAUAGUUGGAACAGCUUCCCAAACACAAGAGUAGACGCCAUAUUGAGAGAAUUAGAAUUUCCAUGUAAAUUUCAGUCAGAGGGUUGCGAAAAUGAAGCACUACUUUACGACGACUUGAAGCGACACGAAAAUUACUGCAGUUAUCGCCCGGUUAACUGCUUAAUGCCAAAACAAGAGUGCGAAUGGGUGGGUACACUGGUCGAUUUAUUUAAACACUUCGAAGAGAAGCAUGAAACGCACGUUCUGAACGAACAGUGCGGAGAAUAUUCUUUCGAGAUCAAUUUACAAAAUUUCGAUACAGUAAUCAAACUGUUUACCCACAGAAACAGGGUGAACGUUUUGAGGAUAGAGAAAGAGAAGGGAGGUAACAGCUUGCUGCAUUUCUUGAAAGGGGAGUUAAACAUGUUUGUAAAAUAUGCAGCCGGAACUAACAUCUACGAGACGAAGCUUCCAGGUUUAUCGUUUGAAGUUGCAUGUGAGGAACAAAACGGACAAAAGAUUCAACUUUCUACUUUGAAGGAAGUUAUGCAACAAGAUGAGGUGGUUAGAGUUGUGAUUAGGCCCGAAAAGUACGUAGUAAAGAAUGUAACUUCUGAAAUUACGAAGCAAUUGGAAUGUCCCGUUUGCAAAGAUAUAAUGAGGCAACCGAUUUUCCAGUGUCCUGCUGGGCACAGCAUCUGCCAAUCGUGUCGCAGGAAAGUUGGUCAGUGUCCGACUUGCCGGAAAGAUUUUCCUCAAGAAAACAUCCGGAAUUUUUUGGUCGAGGCCCUUACACCGUUUGUGCAAUACGAGUGUGUUUAUAGUCAGUUUGGUUGCACUUCGAUGCUUUUAGGAAGCGAAAUAGACGAACAUGAAGACAAAUGCACGUAUCAGACAUAUGAAUGCCCUAAAAGUAAUUGCAAAUUCAAAGGCAAUUUCUCUUCUUGUCGAAAUCACUUUGAAGUUGAUCACGCUGAUAGCUUAAUUACAGGAACCGCGUACGAAAAAACUUUUACCUUAGCUAAAAAUCGCUGGGGAACCAGAAGUAAUGAUAUAUAUUUUUUCGAAUAUGGUAACAUUUUUCAGUUAUCUUUUAAUCGUCAAACUGAUUACUGCGAAUGGAGUGUGCGAAUUUUGACUAAGUACAAUAAACAUGAUAAGUAUUACUUUACUGUUCGCGUGAUCAAUUCAGGUGAUACACAGUGUUUUAUAGCCAAAUCACAGUGGUGCUUAGAUAGAAACGCCGUAGAUAACAGCAAUAUUUCCUUUACGAAAGACAGUUUAUUGCCGUACAAUGAUCAAAUUUCAGGUCAAAUGACAUUUUGCUGCGAAAUACAAAAAAAUAAUGUUUGUUUAAACCUGAAAAAACGAGUUUAAGGUUGUUAUUAUGCACCUAUAUCGUAUAUAAUACUCCUAGUCUUUUACCGCAAAUUCACAAUACAGUCAUAGUUAUAAGUACAGUGUAUAGUUGUAAUUAAUACAGCCUAGUUUACAUAAAUCAAUGUUUUUUGUAAGCUAUUACUCACAAAAAGUUUUCAUGUACCUAAUAAAAUUAGAACAACU